CUAGGCUUUGAGAUAGCAAGGACUUCUAAAGGGAUUUCUCUCUGUAAAAGAAAAUAUGCUUUAGAUUUGCUUGCUGAUUGUGGUUUGUUAAGUGCUGAACCUGCAGAUUCGCCUUCCACACCUGGUCCAAAGCUCUCUGCCAAGUCCGUUUUUCAGGGUAUCAUGUCCAAGAUGGGUCGUCUAGAUAUCUACGCCCCAGCUUGAGGGGGGGUGUUGCCGGAAGAUACUGAUGUGAAGACUUAAGGAUGCUGGUGUUCUGUUCUGAAGUCGGUUUAUAGUGAAGUCGGUUUAUAAUGUUAAGGAUGUCAUAUAGGUUUAUUUUGGGCACCUGACAGAACUUUAGCUUA